AUGGAUCAAAGAUCAAGAUCACAAGCUCCAGGAAAUAGAACUCAACAAUCCUAAGGCAAUGCCAUGGAAUCAUCUCAAAGGAGAACUAUCCAUGACAUGGAUGCAUUCAAGGAGAAGAAAUAAACAGAGUCAGCUCCCUUCUUUAGAACUGCACGAGUACAAACUUGCUCUCAUGUGAUGGUUAAAAACGGAAAAGCUAUAGCUGUAGCUUUCCCUCUUGAGAAAACAGGUUGGAAAAACCCAAAUUCCUAUGCCAAUACCAAGAGAUCAGUAGAGACUGAAUCAUGGGCUGCUUAGACAUACAAGUAGAGAGACAACUAUCACGCAGGAAUGUUAAAGAAACCUUUAGAGCCCUACAACCCAUACUCUUUCAGAAGCAGACUCCCUCAACCAACAGUAGUUAUGCCAUAUAAAAAUUCUUCAUAAAUCGUUAUCGGCGACCGUAGCACAGACGAUAAGAGAUUAUUCAAGACAACAAAUCAUCUAAUGCAGAUCCAGCCUAACCUUGAAAAUGCUGUUACAAAUGGAGGCAUCUUAGCUGCUCAAACUAAAUGGAUUCAUUAUAACCAAGGCAAAUAGUGA